AUGUUUUUUUUUUCAUACUUCGGUCGAAAGGACGUACAUUCGACCUGCGUAUUGAUCGAUGAAAAUUUAUUAUUAAUUUCUAGAAGCGGGGAUUUACGCUUAUUGUCGGCGACCCAGGCUGUCCCAGUAUCGACGUCGGUGAGAGACGAUAAGACGGGGAAAGGUGGAGAAUUAUCCGUCCCGAUAGAGGGAAGCAGUUCUCAAGACGAUUUCGAGCUAGAGAGAUCGGCUUCACCGCCAGUGAUCCCUUCGCCACUACAGCUAGAGAGAUCGGCUUCACCAUCGGUGACCCCUCCGCCACCACAGCUCGAAAGAUCGGCUUCACCGCGAGCGACCCCGCCGCCAGUGACCCCUUCGCCACCGCAGCCUGGACCGUCCGGACGGCCAUCGGGCGCGGCUACAUCGCCAAAUCUGAAGGAUGUUGAGGCUGCAAGUCCGGCGGCGCGACAAAAAAAAACGAAAAAGCCUCCUUACCAAUUGUCAGCCCUGGAGGAUGCAUUGAACGUAACCGAAACGAAGUCGUGGCGUACCACAGCUCGAAAGAUCGGCUUCACCGCGAGCGACCCCGCCGCCAGUGACCCCUUCGCCACCGCACUAAAAAGAUCAGCUCCACUGCGACCGGCCACGCUUCCAGUCUCCUCUGCCCAGCCUGGACCGUCCGGACGGCCAUCGGGCGCGGCUACAUCGCCAAAUCUGAAGGAUGUUGAGGCUGCAAGUCCGGCGGCGCGACAAAAAAAAACGAAAAAGCCUCCUUACCAAUUGUCAGCCCUGGAGGAUGCAUUGAACUCGGUGAUUAUAGAAGGACAUAAUUUACGGCGCAAAAGCCGCGAACAUCCUAAAGCCCCUUCCCGGGGUAACGAACCGAAGCCGAAACGAAGUCGUGGCGUACCACAGCUCGAAAGAUCGGCCCCGCCGCCAGUCCCGGUGGCUCGUUCCGACUCAGUGAUUAUUGAAGGCCACGCUUUACGGCGCAAAGGCCGGGAACAUCGCGAAGCCCCGGGAGCAAAUGAACCUUUGCCGAAGAAAAAACGUCGCAUACCACAGCUCGAAAGAUCGGCCCCGCCGCCAGUGGCCCCGCCGCCAGUCCUGACGUCUCGUUCCGACGCAAUAAGAAACAGAAAAAAGGCUCAGCGGCGCCGCCAAAAUGUGCGCUACGGUUUGCCGCCAAUUUUGGAGCAGAGCCGCGAAAAUUCCGCGUGUCACGGCGAACCCGACCCGCCACGGGAACAAAUUGUUUCGGCAAGGACAGCGCGCUUGGCCUCCAGAGCGGCAAGAAAAUAGAAAGCGGGAAAAGCUGAACAUUAUUUUUUUGUAAAUAGGGUAUUUUACACCAUGUAAGAAAAAAUAUAAAAAUGCAUGUUUAUGAUAGAUUCCAUACAAAGUUUACGAAAAACGUCAAUAUUUAUUAAAAAUGAAAACUUUUAAAAUGAAAAAUGUAUGUUAUGUGU